AUGUUUACCCGUUGUAUUCUUCUGUUAUGGUAUAUCCACUAUCCCAAGAAGAGGCUUGGGUUGGGCAGUUCUCUCGGGGGGAAUGCAGAUGGCGACGGGACCACAAUACGAGGACACUUCGGCUGUCGGCGUCAGGUUUCACCCGACGGACCAGCAGCUCAUCGGCUUCCUCAGGAUGAAAACGCUGGGCAACAGAUGCCCGUCAAAUUCUUCAAGGACUUCGACGUCUACCAGGCACACCCCAUGGCGAUCAAAGGUGCCUGUGGGGAGAGCCAGGACGGGUGCUGGUACGCGUUCUCGCCGAGGGACCGCAAGUACAGGAACGGCAAGCGGCCGGCGAGGAGCGUCUUCGCGGAGGGCGGUGGCCAGCAGGUGGGCUUCUGGAAAUCCAACAGCAAGCUGGGCGAGGUAUGCGCCGGCGGCAGCAAAGAUGGCGCGGUGAUAGGGAGGAUGACGUCGCUCACGUUCCAGCUCGGCCGGCAGCCCAGGGGGAGGCAGACGGGGUGGAAGAUGAAGGAGUACACCAUCCCGGAGAACCAGCACCAGCCUGACGGCUCAGCCAUGCUGCUCAAUGACUGGGUGGUUUGCAAGCUAUUUUACAAAGAACGACCAGGAUGUACAAAUACAGAGAGCAGAGCGGACCAGAAUGCCACCUCUGUUGGGCAGGAACGACCUAUCCAUGGAAAGAGCGAGAAGGACAAGGAUGCCGUCUCUGUUGGGCAGAAACGACCAAGACGUAGUAGAAAGAGCAAAAAGGACAAGAAUGCCAUCCCUGUUGCUGUUGGGCAGGAAGAUGGACCGGGCGAGGCCCCCGGUGAGAGCAUGCAAGGUGAAGAAGAUAUGCAGCCUCAGAUGGUGCCUGCUGCUCACCAGGCUUCCGAUUACUCUGAGCAAGACCUGUGUGUAGAGAAAUACCUUGUAUGUGAUGUAGCAUUUGCACAGCAGAACGAUGCUGCAAGCGCUGUACCAUUUAACAUGUACGUGCAAGCGUAA